AUUUUUUAUUAUUAAACAAUAAAAAAAAAAAAAAAGAAUGUAUCCAUCUGGAGGUAAUCCUAAUUAUCAAUAUCAUAAUCAACCUUAUGGGAAUCCUUCUUCAUCUAAAUCUCCGCCACCACUUCAACAUCCUGUGCCUCAACAUCCUAUUCCAGACUUUACUGUAAAUCAAACGAAUACUCCCUCACCUGGAUUAAAUCAACAGCAAUAUCAAUAUAACCAAAACUAUUCUCAACAAUCCAUGAAGAUGAAUCAAACAUAUGAUCCUAAUGCUUAUACUCCUCAGCAACCAACGCAGAUUGCAAGCAAUUUCUAUUCUCAAUUUAAUUUUAAUGAUCCUGCAGCUCAAAUGGGCAUGCAAUUUGCAGGAAGUGCAAUGGCACAAGGCCAUGCUUAUGUUGAAAAGAAUUUUAAUAGAUGGGUGAAUUUACCUGCUUUAAGGCAUUAUUUUAAUGUUAGUAAUACCUAUGUCAUGAGCAAAAUCAGACUUUUAUUAUUUCCUUGGAGACAUUCAUCUUGGAAUCGUUUGAUUAUGAGAUCAGAAACAGGUCAAAUAGAAGGAUUUAAACCACCCAGGGAAGAUAUUAAUUCGCCUGAUUUAUAUAUUCCUGUUAUGGCUGUAGUGACAUACGUUUUACUUUGUGGUUUAUCUGCUGGGCUUCAUAAAAAUUUUCAUCCUGAAUUACUGUAUAUUGCUGUGUCUACUUCGGCUGCUGUCAUAUUUUGGGAAAUUGUAUAUACUAGAUUAGGCUGUUACUUCCUAAGUAUUCCUUUUGAAGGAUCUAUGCUGGAUUUAUUAUGCUAUUAUGGCUACAAAUUUGUUGGUAUAAUUGUCACUGAUAUUGUUAGAUUAGUUGGAGGAAAAGGUUAUAUUUCAUGGCUUAUCUUCUUUUAUACAGGCUUCUGUGUUAGCUUCUUCUUGCUUCGUUCUAUGAGAUAUGUUAUUUUACCUGAUGCUGCCGCUGGUCCCUCGACAAUGAAUCCUCAACGUAAGAGACGUUUGUGGUUUUUACUUACAAUUGCUGCACUUCAAAUAGUUUAUAUGUUUUUCCUUGUAAACUAAAUUAAUAAAGUGUGAAUACCUUUCUUUUACAAGUAAAGUAGAGUAUGGAGGCAUAUCUAUCGUAUUCUUGAUAAUACAUCUUUCAGUAUAGAUUCCUCAUCCGUCUAAAGAUGUCAUAGGCCUAUCUCUUGACAAUUAUGUACGAGUGCAUAAUAUUUUACUUGCAAUUUAUCAAAUUAUCUACAAGUGCAUACAACGUCAUAACUUCUUAUUAUGUACUAUCAAAAUAACAAAAAAAAAAAAAAA